AUGGAACCGGAAAAUGUCGAGUUCUCUUGUGGCAUCGUUCUUCCGGCUGGUGGAUGUGGCUUGCGAAUGAAAUCUCCUAUUCCUAAACAAUAUAAAUAUGUAGCAGAUAAGCCUUUGAUUUUCUACACAUUGUAUGCUUUUCAGAGAUUAUUUUGGGUCGAAUUUAUAAUAGUGGUUGUUGGAGAAUGUUAUUUUGAGUGGAUGAAGAAUUUUAGCAAAGAGCAUGGUUUUGAUAAAGUUACAGUGGUUAUUGGCGGGGAAACAAGGCACCGUUCCAUUUUUAAUGGUAUUAAGGAGAUUCCAAAAGUUUGUAAAAAACCAGAUAUAAUUUUGAUACAUGAUGCUGUUAGAAUAGUGGCAGAAGAAGAAUUGGUCAGAAAAAUAGCAGUAUCAGCCAAAACAUAUGGGGCUGCUGGAGUGACACGCCCUCUGAUUUCUACUGUAAUAGCUGUGGACUCAAAUCAGUUUUUAGCUGAGUCAUUAGAUAGAAGUUUAUAUAGAGCUAGUGAAAUGCCACAAGGGUUUAGAUACAGUGUUAUUAAACAAGCAUACGAACAAUGUACAGAAGAAGACUUUUUAUAUGGAACAGAAUGUUUGUUGUUAGCUAUGAAAUAUUCCAAUGUAAAAGCACAUAUUAUAGAGGGCAACUCCAGUUUGUGGAAGGUAACUCUGAAAAAAGAUCUGUACACUGCUGAAGGUGUAUUAAAAGGUAAACAUGUAUAUUUUCUUGAACAGAUUAAGAUUGUAAGAUUGAAUUGGCUUGUCAAAUUCCUGUGA